ACAAUGUGUGUGUGUGCGUGUGUGUGUUGGGGGUGUAACUGGCGACCCUGCAAGUCGCUCAAGUUUAUCUGGAGGAAUUUGUGCCCAACCAAACUCUUGUGUGCGGGACGGACUGCGCGUCUUGGGCGUUUGGAAAUAAAAUAAUCUCGGUUUGUUCUCAUGAGAGGACGGAGCGGACCCACGCAUAUCCUGACCUCAGCCUUGUCCAGUCGCUAGGGAAUGGCUGUGCGGUCCAGGACAGGCUUCUACCGGCAGGAGGUCAACAAAACCGUGUGGGAGGUUCCGGAGAGGUACCGGGACCUGAAGCAGGUCGGAACAGGAGCCUAUGGGACUGUGUGUUCAGCAUGGGACCGCCGGAUGGGGACGCAGGUUGCCAUCAAGAAACUUCAUCGGCCCUUCCAGUCCAAACUUUUUGCCAAAAGGGCGUACAGAGAGUUGCGACUCCUCAAACACAUGAAGCAUGAAAAUGUCAUUGGGCUAAUGGAUGUUUUCACUGCUGAGAUUGCAUUGGACCGCUUGCGUGACUUUUACCUGGUGAUGCCAUUCAUGGGCACUGACCUUGGCAAACUGAUGAAGCUGGAGAGAUUAUCAGAAGACAGGGUGCAGUUCCUCGUCUAUCAGAUGAUGAGAGGACUCAAGUAUAUCCACUCUGCAGGGAUCAUCCACAGGGACCUCAAACCUGGAAAUUUAGCCAUUAACCCGGACUGUGAGCUAAAGAUUCUUGAUUUUGGCUUGGCGAGGCAGGCCGACGUAGAAAUGACCGGCUAUGUCGUGACACGCUGGUACCGAGCACCCGAGGUUAUCCUCAACUGGAUGCACUACACACAAACCGUGGAUAUUUGGUCGGCGGGUUGUAUUAUGGCAGAGAUGCUGCUGGGAAAGCCGCUGUUCAAAGGAAGCGAUCACCUGGACCAGCUCAGAGAAAUCAUGAAGAUUACAGGAACCCCAGCUGCUGACUUUGUUGUGAAGCUACAGAGCCAAGAUGCCAAAAACUACAUCAGAAGUCUACCAAAAGUGCCAAAAAAAGAUUUGCUCUCUCUUUUCUCCAAAGCUAGCUCAAAUGCAGUGUGUGUCUUGGAAAAGAUGCUGCUCUUGGACCCUGAGCAGAGAGUGAGUGCAUCAGAGGCGCUCGAGCUGCCUUUCUUCAGCGAGUUCAGAGAUGCCGAGGAGGAGACUGAGGCGCUGCCCUAUGAUCAGACCAUGGACAACACAGACCUGCCGCUGGACCAGUGGAAACGUCACACUUUCACAGAGAUACUGACCUUCAGGCCACCCAGGGACUCCAGAGAGACAUCACUUUAAGACACACAUGCACACAAUAUUGCACACACACACACACACACACACACAAAAAUAUUAUUUUCUUGUUGACUUUGUUGUGUUUGUGUAGGAGUAAUGGAUAAUAUUAGUCUGAAUGAAUAAAUGUGAUUUCCUCAGUUGGCAGAGGCUCAUUUAUGUUUUAGUGUGUAUAUGUGUGUGUAUAUGUGUGUGUGUGUGUGUGUGUGUGUGUGUGUGUGUGUGUGUCAGAUUAUGUAUCCAUCAUCCAUAGAUAACAUGGUCAAAUUCAUACUAACUGUGACUGCUUCCUUAAAGUCAGUCUAUCCAUUAUGUAGCUGUUUUCUUUUGUCUGUUUGCUCUUUGAUUUAUUCUGAUAAUAGAGGCAUUUCUGGAACUGAGGGCGAGGUCACCCAUUGUACAGUACCAAGGUUGAAGCUGGGAAUGAAGAAGUGAAUAAUGAUGUCACACACAUCAUAUUAACCACUGCAUGUCCCUUCAUGUAACGAUAAAAAAAAUAAAAUAAUUGUGAAUGAAAAUGGGGUCAACAGAAAUUACUUUUAUUCUCACAGUUUAUUUUAGGUGGAGCUAAGUUAUGACGAUGCCGUGUUAGAUUUUGUUGUAUAUACAGUAUGUGUUUU